AUGGCUUCGGCAGGUAAACCGAACCUCGACGAUGGCAGGCGGAGCACUGGCUCUCCAAAGCUAAAAGGACGCGGAUGCGCAUUCAAUCAUGAUCUUCAAAAGACCAAUACAGCGCAGAAUGCAGAAAAUAAUAGUGGGAGUAGCAGUAAGAGGCGUCUCAACGUCGAUUCACCUAGUUUUACGCCCUCCGCCACACCCCUGAACGGAUCUUCUGGCUUGAAAAAGCCGGCCACCAUAUCUCCAAAGGCUGCCAACGCAGCUCCGUUUCUUCCAAAAGCCGCACUUUCGCGUUCGUGCCCCCCUUCAGGAUCGAAUGCUGCCACACCGCAAACGCAACCGGAAUCUUCGGUGCCCGAGUGGUCAGUCGGUGAAAUUCAAGAUUUCGUCCCACAAGGAUUCGAUACCUCACAUGUGGAGACGAUACAUGGUCAUGGCAAUGGAGGGCUUUCGACACCAUCUUAUGAUCCUUUUGUUUCAUCCACUACGCCGAUGGGUGCGCCCACUGCCGUCGGACACCAAGUGCAGCCAAAUCCAUAUUCUCACGAUCCCGCCGCAAUGGGCGGUGCAGCCUAUUUCGGAGCCCAAAGCGCAUUUCAACAACCGGUCCAAUACCAUCUGUACGCCCCAAUUGGGCCUCACAAUCAGAAUAUCCUAGGCUACCAGAGGAAUGUUCAUGAUUUAUUUCUUCCUAAUUCCUUCAGAGAAGAACUUCAAAAGAAGGCCGCAGCUACUCUUCAGACUUUGCCCAAUUCACAGCUUCCUGCCCAAAUAGACUACUUUCAUUCCCUUGUUCCACUUGACCUCUCACAUCAAAAAAACGCCGCCAUCUUUGGGUACCCAAGCUGGGUUUAUAAAGCACAGUCUAGCAAAGAUGGAAACUUUUACGUUCUCAGACGCUUGGAAGGCUUUCGCUUAACUAACGAGAAGGCGAUUCGAUCGGUGCAAAACUGGAAACGAGUUAGCUGUGGUAGUGUGGUCGCUGUGCACGAUGCGUUUACCAACCGAAGUUUUCAAGAUAGUUCUCUGAUUUUUGUCACUGACUAUCAUCCAUUGUCCAAGACUCUGGCUGAGCAACAUCUGACAGACGGACAAGGCCGCUACCAAGGUCGUCACAAUGCCGGACACAUCCCCGAACAAGUCUUGUGGAGCUAUGUGACCCAAAUUGCGAAUGCCCUGAAGGCUAUUCAUAGCGCUGGCCUUGCAGCUCGCGUCAUCGAACCAAGCAAGGUUAUACUUACCGGUAAAAAUAGAAUCAGAUUAAACGCAUGCGGGAUUCUGGAUGUUGUACAAUUCGACUCCCACCGACCUCUAGGAGAGAUGCAGCAUCAGGACCUCGUGAGCUUUGGGCAGUUAAUACUAACACUGGGCGCCAAUUCACCUUCGGUGACGCAUAGUUCGACUAAGGCGAUGGAGCAUUUCAACCGCGUGUACAGCGCGCAACUCAAUAAUUCUGUGUUCUGGUUACUCAACGGAAUGCAGAAAGACCAGGAGCGAACGAUCGAUAUUUUCAUUUCCGGCAUCUCUUCGCAACUUAUAUCAACCUUCGACUCCUCCCUUCACCUCGACGAUCAACUUACCUCCGAUAUCAGCCGAGAGUUAGAAAAUGCGCGCCUCGUGCGACUUCUUACCAAGCUCAAUUUCAUCAACGAAAGACCAGAAUACGAACACGACCGCCAGUGGUCAGAAAAUGGAGAGCGCUAUUUCCUGAAAUUAUUCCGUGACUAUGUAUUCCAUCAAGUUGAUGCGCAGAAUGCUCCUGUGGUGGAUUUAGGCCACGUGUUGACCUGUUUGAACAAACUGGACGCGGGCACCGAUGAGAAAAUCACCUUGAUAAGCCGUGACGAGCAAUCGUGUUUUAUCGUGACUUAUAAGGAAUUGAAGAAAGCAGUGGAGGCGUCAUUCCAGGCACUCCUUAAGCCGGCGCGAAGAAUCUAG